AAAUUGCCAAGGGUCUGGCCCAGUCAAUGCAGUCGGGCUCGCCCCAAAAAGAAAGAGUUCAAAUCAUGCUUCCCGCCAUUCCUCUGUUUCUCCCGCGCCCUUCACUUCUACUUUCUCUCUCUCCUCAAAGUGAAGACCACACGAUUCAGAUCUCCGAGAGAGAGAGAGAGAGAGAGAGAGAGAGGCUGAGAGAUGUUUGGGAGGAUAAGAGCGUCGUCUUGCCCGGCUGAGAGCUUGGAGAGACCGCCGUCCAAGAUUCGUAAAGACGAUUCUCUUUCUAUAUACGAGUCUACACUUUUGAAGCUCAAAUUAGGUUCUAAACGCAGUUUAAGUCCGUGCUCUAAUGAGGCAGGGGAGACAGAUGCCGGUUCUACUUCAAGCUCUCCCGAUUCAGAGCCAAUGAAGAUAGACGCGAAUUGUGCUUCUUCUGCUGGCACUUCACCGGGUUGUAUUGAAGCCGCCAGCUCUCCUCAAGAGGAGUUUAUGACACUAGACACGGAUUGUUCCUCACCAAGAAGUUCGACGAGUUUCAGUGAUUGUCAUUCGACAGGCACCUUGAAACAGCAACGGAGCACAGACGCUUCAGUUUUCUACCUCUUUUCAAAAUUUAAGAGAGCUCAAGAAGCAAUCUGCUCAACCUCUGGGGAUACAACGAUGACAGAGAAUGCAAGUAUUUCUCCAAGUUCUAUCGGUUGCCAAUCUUUUAACAGCACAGAACAUCGGAACAGGAGUGUACGAACUCUUUACCUGCUAGUUGCGCCUAAUUUCGCACUGGCGAUUUGUCAUGGUCUUUAUCUACGUUGGUUGUUGAAGAAAAUUGCAAACGGAGGGCAUGAUCGUGCCCGAUCAGUGUGA